UAUCAAAUUUUGAACUAGUCUAAGUUGGGCCGGCGAAAUUUAUUAAUUUAUAGAGAUUAUUAAUUUAUGGAGUAUUAAUUUAUAGAUGUUCUACUGUAUUAAAAAUAUUAUUAAAUGUAAUCUUAGAAAAAGAUAUUUAAGAAUAUCUUUUAGAUGUCUUAUUUUGAAAAUAUUGAAAUAAUAUAUUAGAGUAGAGUAUAUAUUUAAUAUUUACUAUUUUAAUUAUAUGAGAAAUAAUAAUAAGUUAAAAGAUGUAAUUUUUCAACUAUAACUUUUUGUAAGUAGAUUUUUUGGUGAUUCUGUUUUAAUAACAUAGAUAUAUUUUAAGGACGGUUGACUUAUCGGAAGUGAUCGUGAUAUUGUGGGGAUGAAAUUAAAAAAAAUUGAAAAAAAUCAUAUGGUUAUUACAUAUUCAAUAAAAAAAAUAUUCUGAACCUCCAAAGUUAACUCAUGUAGAGCCCACAUGCCGAGUGAAUGAACAUGGGCAUUGGCGGGACGGUCAAGACUUUACAAGUUUAUUAUCAGUGUUGUAACACAGCAACACAAGUAAGAAAAACGGGGAAAUAACACUUCAUCCGAGUUUUAUGCCAAUAUCUUCUUUUGUCAUCAACAUAAACAGACUCCAUUAAUACUCUGCAAACCAUUCUGGUAACUCUGAAAAGAAACUUAUUUUGUAUUUCGAAUGAGAUAUCGUUAAAAACUUUUAGAUACUUUAGGUACAAGUGUUAUUCAUGGAAUGAAAUUAAAUCUAGAAUAAGAGUUAAUUUAAAUUAAAAAAUAAAAGUGUUAAUAACAUAUUAAUUAAUACACAUUUAAAAACACUUCAUUAGAGUUAUUGUAUUUGAAAUGAGAUAUUAUUUAAAAAAUAGAUACUUGAGGUACAAGUGUUAUUCAUAUAAUGAAGUUAAAUCUAAAACAAGAGUUAAAGUUUAAUUACAAAAUAAAAUGUUAAUAAUAUAUUAAUAAACCUUUAAGAACACUUCAUUAGAUGUUUUAACUCAGUAUCUCUCAAAAUUAAAAACAAAACAAAAAAUUGAAAAGAAGGAGAUACCGUAUUUGUAAGGAGUUAUUAUUAAAAACUUUUAGAUACUUUAGGUUCAUAAUGAAAUUAAAUAUAAAAGAGUUUGGUUACAAAAAAACAUUAGAUUAAAAUAUUUAUUAUAAAAUCUGUGAAAAAACGACUUUUGAGAUACUAUGUAAUAGAGGUGCUCUAAUGGAUGUCUCACUAAUAGAAGUAUAAAUUUAAGAUGAUCAGUUACCAAUAAUACUCCUUUAUAUGUUGGUAUUCCUUUGCAUCGCUGAGAUACAACAGUGCGCUAAAAGCUAAUCUCUGAUGGAAACUGCAGAAGCUGGGCAUGCUGAUGUUAUUGGUUGGUUCGAGCAUGUCUCGGAGAACGCCUGCAAAGCUCAAAGAGAGACCCUGCGACGGAUUCUUGAGCUCAACUGUGGAGCGGACUAUCUGAGGAAAUGGCUUGGGAGUGUUGAUGUAAAAGAGAUGGACGAUAACAGCUUGGAAACUCUCUUUACUUCCUUGGUGCCUAUUGUUUCACAUGCUGAUAUGGACCCGUAUAUUCAAAGAAUUGCAAAUGGAGAGACUUCUCCUUUACUCACACAAGAACCCAUCACUGUUCUCUCCCUCAGCUCUGGAACAACAGAAGGGCGACAAAAGUAUGUUCCGUUUACUUGUCAGAUCACGCAAGCUAUUCUUCAGAUGUCCAGAUUAUCAGCGGCUUACACAUCAAGGUGUUAUCCAAUAAGGGAAGGAGGGAUGAUUCUUGAGUUUAUAUAUGCCGCCAAGGUAUUUAAGACACCAGGAGGACUAGACGUAGGAACGGCCACAACACUUUACUAUGCGAGCAAAGAGUUCAAAACUAAGCAAGAGGCAACAAAGUCUUUCACCUGUAGCCCACAAGAAGUCAUCUCGGGAGGAGAUUUCGUGCAGUGCACGUAUUGUCAUCUCCUACUUGGUCUCCAUUUCUCUAGCCAAGUUGACUUUGUCGCCUCUGGUUUUGCCUACACCAUUGUCCAGGCUUUCUCCUUUUUAGAAGAAAACUGGAGAGAGAUAUGUGCUGACAUCAAGGAGGGCAAUCUUAGCUCAAGAAUCACUCUGCCCAAUAUGAGAACAGCUGUAUUGGCUAUCAUCAGACCAAACCCAUCUCUAGCUUCUCAGAUCGAAGAGAUAUGCAUGGAGCUGGAAUCAAACCUAGGAUGGUUCGGUUUAAUCCCGAAGCUAUGGCGAAAUGCAAAAUAUGUCUCCUCGAUCAUGACGGGUUCUAUGUUGCCUUACCUGAAAAAGCUUAGGCAUUACGCUGGUGGUUUGCCUCUGGUGAGCGGAAACUAUGUUUCAUCCGAGAGUUUGAUUGGUGUGAACGUUGAUCCUCAGCUUCCCCCUGAAGACGUGAGCUUUGCUGUGGUUCCCACCUUUAGCUACUUCGAGUUUAUACCACUUCACAGGCAACAGAAUCAACAAGACAUGACUAGUGACGGGGGUGACUUUGUCGAAGAAAAACCAGCUGUGCCGCUCUCUCAGGUCAAACUCGGCCAGGAGUACGAGGUUGUUCUUACCACUUUCACUGGUCUUUACAGGUACAGGUUAGGAGAUGUCGUUGAGGUGACCGGUUUUCACAACGGGACACCGAAGAUAAGUUUCAUAUACAGAAGGAAACUCAUCUUAAACAUCAACAUUGACAAGAACACAGAGAAGGAUCUUCAGGGAGUGGUCGACAAGGCGUCUCAGCUUCUGAGUCAAACAACACAAGCCGAAGUCGUUGACUUUACGAGCCAUGCAGACGUUAAAGUUAGUCCCGGUCGCUACGUAAUCUACUGGGAAAUCAGAGGAGAAGCAGAGGAUAGAGCUCUCGAAGAAUGUUGCAGAGAGAUAGAUGCUGGAUUUAUGGACCAUGGUUACGUUGUGUCCAGGCGUAUGAAAUCGAUCGGACCGCUCGAGCUGAGAGUCGUGGAACGAGGCACGUUUGGGAAAGUGGCCGAAAAGUGCGUUGGGAAAUGUGGUAGCUUGAACCAGUUUAAGACUCCUAGGUGUACGACCAAUUCGGUGAUGCUUGACAUUCUUGAUGCUUCUACCGUCAAGAUAUUUUUCAGCUCGGCUUAUGAUUAACACAACUAAAAUUUUAAAUUUAGUUCCGUCCUUUGUCUCUGUGAUUCAGUUAUGAUUAACAAUAAAACAAUAAUGAUAAUCUUUGCUUUAAAUAUGAGGUAUCGAACCACACAAUCGUUGCCAAGUGGUACCGCGGGUUUGGAAAAGUGGUAAGCAUGUUCGAAACCUACCAUCUCAGGUAUGCCCGCUCAUGUGACCAAGGAGACAUAUGCAUUUAGUUCCAAUUACAAGCAAUCGAAUCUGCCCGGCACCCGUGGACAUACCCAAAAGAUUAGUCGUUGGCCUCGGCCUACUGAACAUUUCUGGUUAUCUAAAACAGAAAAGAAAUGGGGUAUCAAACCUGAAUUGACCUUUGGAACGUUCUGUGAUCUGAUCCUCUUUUAUCCAAAAAUAUCUUAGAAGCCAUUAAAUUUUUUUUAACUAUUCAUGGUUGUCAAAACAUCGACCAAGCCUGCUCAGAAUACACAGAACAUAUCUCAUGCCACCAUAUGUAAAGAUAUUACCAUGGUUAGGAAGCUCAUUCAUACCACAAGCCUUGAUUAUAUUUACAAAUUGCUGAAACACCAUUUUUUGUGAAGUAUGCCACUGAAAUCACCUCAGAUACACCACAUAUCCUUCCUCCACAUCCCCAUCUAAUCCUUUCCAUAACAGCUCUCUAUUCCUGGCCAAAGGAGCUCAUAUAUACACAAUUAAACUUGCACGUCCACCAGAUUUUUAUCU